UCUAAUUUAUAAAACGAAGACCGGAAAAAUUGAGAAAAGGCACCAUAAUCAGCUGAUGAAACGUCACAUGUCAGCAUUGAGAAUUUUAUCUAUCUGAAGAACUGGAGUUAGCUUAUUUGAAUACAACAAAGUGUGUAGUGAUGGAUUCAACAGGUGAGACUGAGGAAAAGCUAGACUCAAUCCUACUAGAGUUCUUCAGCACACUGGAUGACCUGUACAAGACACAGUCAUGCCUUAAUGAAGAUAUGAAAAACGGAUUCCUACAGAUGUCUCGAGCUCGUUACAACAUGGGUGCUAAAGCAAUAGGUCCCUCACAAUAUGAUGAGAACAAAAUGGCAGCAUCUGUUAAAAUAACCGUUGGGGAUGACAACAAAGGAAGCAAUGUACUAAUCAUUAAUAAUGUGUCAUCAGUAAAAACUGAAACUUCUGCUAAAGACAUUCCGGUGGAUACUGUUGGACUGAGAAAACGUAAUGUACAAAAAUCGGAACAAGAUGAGGAAGAACCUGUCAGUCAUGAUCAGAAGGAAUUAAGUCCAAAGGAAGAGACAGUCAGUGUAAAUAAAAAACUGUUUCCUAAUCCACUGAACUGGUUUGGUGUACUUGUGCCACAGAGCUUAAGGCAUAGUCAGACAAGCUUUAAACAAGCUGUAGAACACUCUGUAAAAAUUGCAAAUCUGAAAUUGAAAAUUGAGGGGUUGCGUCAAGAUUACAUUAAUUGUAUGGGACUAAAUUUUAAAGAAAAAUUGAAGUUAGUAAAUGAUGAAUAAACUACAUGUUUACAAAUAUAAAGAAAUCAAAAUUUGAAGAGUUGGUGAAUGGUUACCUAAUUAUGUAUGAAAUGGAUGUAAAAGAAAAAUUUAAACUUCACAAUGAAUAUAGUAUACAUACACACACAAAAAAAUGUGUUUAAAAGUGUCAUAUGUAUUUAAUUCAAAUGCAUUUUUGUGUGGCAAUAUUAAUUGUUGGACAUUUAUACAUGUAAUUUCAUUUUGUAGGAUGACGUUUUGAUGUCUAAUUAUAGUUAAUAUAUGUAUUUAAAAUAUAUAUACAUUGUUAUUACUUUUCAAAAACUUUUUCA